AUCUUAUUUUUCCGAUUUCCUUUGAACGAAAAACGAUUAGCGGCUCGCUUUUCCUUGAGUUUUGCUCGUUAUUUAGGUCCGAUGUUUAGGAAGUCAUGCUCCUAGCAUGACUGCUUCGAAUCCCAUGCUUCAUGGCUCAGACUUGGACGAAUGCUGCUCGAAUGUGUUUGCACUGGUAAGCCAUAAUUCUUCGUUCGAUUUAUGAGGGUUCUAUUUUUGCCUGUCACAUGUUACAGUGUUUUGUGAGGUUGUAAGUCGCUCUAAAGGCGUGUGAAUAUUUAUUUGCCAAUUACUAGGAAGAUGCCUUGUUGCUUUAGUGGAAUUAGAUGAUGUAGAGUUAGGAAUCUGAGGUUAAUGUAACGGAAAAAAAACAAUUCGCGGGUGUGUUGUAGAGUUAGUUGCAUGUCGUAAUGAACAUGUCCUCUAUUUAACAAACGGUGGAAUUAAUUCAUUCUAAAUAUUCUCCUUAAUUGCCUGCAGUACGUUGAAUUCCCUGCCUUGUGAGUGUUGCAUCGGAAAUGAUGAACCCUGCUUGGCUUAAAGCAAAAAAUGUGCACCAUUUCCAAGCUGACAAAUACUCAGGAAGUCGUAUACACGGCCCAUUCGAACUUGAAUUAGUUCGGUGGUAGUGGUUCUGAAGAGUAACAAGAUGAUUUUACAAACACAACAUGCUUUGGCGCUUUGCAUUCGUUUACACGAAUCAUUCAGGGAUUCCUUUUGUUUGUCUUCAAAGGGGAAUCGUUUCUGUUAGGAAGCGCUUCGUCGUGUGUAUACAAAACGAGGCAAGCGAUUAUCUCUUGCCGUCCGCUCGUCUGCUGACAUAUUUUUCGCGACAAUACGUGCAUGCUUGUGCGGAUUUGUUUCCCCAAGUCGUAAAUAAAUCUCUAAUGUGUAUGUAGUUUGCUCGAAGCUUAAAAAGUGUACUUUGCUUUUAAUGCCAUUUUUAUAGGUGGAUUGACGGAUUUCUUUAAUUCCCAACCGAAAUAUCCAAUGCUUAUAUGUAUUUUACCUGCAAAGCUUAGCCGUCGGGCAAUAUUUUUCCGUAAGAGGGCCGAUUUUAAGUAUUGUAUUUAAUUUCGUCGCAUGGAUAGCAAUUGUGCCAGAAGAUUGAUUUUACUAUACCGUGGCGAUAAGUAUCAUAGUAUCUAUUUUUCAUCAAGGUUAAAAUAUGCCAGAAAAUACCAGUGUACUGGGCUAUUUUCAUCAGUAACAUAUUUGUUGAUUGCGUUUUGCCGUCCGCGGUGUCAAAUUUGGAACCCUCUAACUCUUCAACGAGCAAAACCGACACUCUGAAUAAUUAAUCAGAUGACUGGGUUUUUAUUGAGAAAGAAUUGAUCUUUGCUUGUUUACUCCUGAGUAAAUGUACCAUGUAAGCAAAGCAACUACCUCAACGACACUUCCAAUUUGAUUAUCCGACUAUUUUCGUUCAUCGCCUAAUUCGAGGAUGAAACAUUUGUCACGGUUUUUCUCUGGUGUGUUAAUUAAUUUUUAUGCAAGGUGUACUGUAGAAUGAUAAUUAUGUGUAACUACAAAGGCACAGUGUAGCCGGAAAUUUUACCCUUUUUAUUGUGUCUGAAGGGAUUAGAUUUUUGAAGCAACUUUGUUCAUCACGAAGGCUGUUGUUAGUUUCAAAGUGCAAUGAACAACGUCGUUGACACCAACUAAUUGUCAAGGGAUAGUAAGUUGUAAGGCUAACCCCUGAACCCGUGGUUUUGUUUAAGAGUUAAGGUUAUGACUGAAAUUUAUUUGUUCAAGAGUGUUCAGGCGGCCUGUUCUAAUUCCUUUCUAAUGAUUAUCACAGUAACUUGUAUCAAGUGAUUGUAUUUUUUUGGACAAAGAAAAAAGCUUCUAACAUGGCUGACAUGGAGUGUUAUAUAUUACGUAUUUGAGUAUUAAUGUUAGUUCGAGCUUGCAUGUCAAAUAAUCUCUUAAAUUUGUCACCAUAUUAUAUGUACCAUAUACCAAAGGUGUACUUGGUAGAAAAUAUUUCAUUUUCUGGUGUAAGGAAAUUAAUUCACUAGACAAACAUGUUUAAAAUACUAUUGCCCAAAAAUAUAUCUUUUUUUACAGGUUGCAAUAUUUCUUAUAACAUUGGUUUAUCUUUGUACGUGAUGAUAAGUGUGUUUUUGUCAUGUAGAAUCUGGCAGAUUUAUGAUCAAGAGAUUUUUGAGGGUUUCACUUGUUUUAACUUCCUCAAACAGACUUGUUAGGACUGUAAAUAUUUCAGAGGGAAAUUCAAUGUCUUUCAGUUUUCCUACAUCAUUGUUGUUCUCGAUGUAUAGGGUAUAAUUUUUAAUAAUUUCUUGACAAAGCUACUCACAAGCUGAAGCAGAGAAAGUUCAUUCUAUUGAACACAAAUUUUUUGGUAGAUCCCAUGAAAGCGUUUUAUAUUGUGUGAUUAUUUUUAUCUGAUUUCAUGCAGUGCAUGUCAGAGUUUAAGUCCAAGAAUAAAUCCAUUUAAGCCACUGGCCAACUAUGAUGCAUCUGUCUUAUUCACUGAAUUUAUAUGUCACGGAACUUGCCUUGGGCAAUCGUGAGAGUGGCAAGGCUUGACCAGAUUUUUUACUCUGUUGGAAGACAAAACAAAACAUUUAAGUGAUUUUGUUAACAACCCUUUUUUAAGUUGCAAGAUUUCUAAAAUUUAAAAUUAAAAUGAGAAAUUAUAUUGUUUAAUAUGCUGAAAAUUAUCCUUCCUUAUGAAGGUACUGCUAAAGAGGUGUCCUUUGAGUAAUCUCACCAUGGGAUUUGUCUACAAACUCUGCAAGUUUCAAGUACAUAUCUUUAUAAUUGACUCCAGGAGUUGAAAGGUUAAUUAAAGCAUCCAUCCAUAUAGUGCUAUACAAUUGUGUUUGACUAGUAAGCUAGAAAACAGCAGAAUAAGUUUAAAAAAAUUGUUGUUGACCCCAGGAUGUUGUGCUUGUUGCAUUGUUCAAAUUAAUGCAGUGUCUAUUUUUAUUCUCAUUCUAACAAUGCUUUUACGAACUUUCAGUCCUGAGUUUUCAGUUGUUUUGUCAUACUGGGCAAUGCAGUAAUCGCUGUUAUCUACUACAGAAAUUGGUCUGUCAAAAUCUAAAGACUUAGACACAAGGUUAUAUCUUUAGUAGGCCAAUUAAUCUUGGGCUUGGAUACAUACCUGUGAUAUUGUGCGGUUGUGUGUGGGUGUUGCAUUGCUGUCAAACUUGUCUUCCUGUUUAGAUGUUCCAUCCUUGUCUCUUAUUUUUACGUUUUAGUUUAACUAGGCUGCAGAGUGGUGUGUAAUUACAGUGUAAGGAGUCAGUGACUUUGUGGUGUUCUCUUUUACAAAUUAAAUUGUGUGCUUUGCUAAAAGGUUAUCUAAACAGGACAGUAGAUUGGCAUACAGUGUAUUUACAGAAGACCAUUGGGUAUUAUCAGCUUAACAUUACCUUAAAAUCCUGUCAUGCUGUUAAUGGAAUUAAACCUUCACCCUUUUAUACACAGUGUUGAAAUGUUAAUUUCUUGUCUCCUUGGCUGUUUAUAUGUCAUUUAGUUAGUAGAAUGUGCUUAUCUAAAGACAUUAAGUGGUCAAAUCUUUCAUUCUCUUUAUGUCAUGUAUGGUAAAGCAUUGAUGUUAAAAGUAUAAAUUUUGUAUGGAUCUCUACUUAAAGAGAGCUUAGCUGUAAUGUUAUAUCCAGUUUUUCACCAAUGUUUAUUGAUGUGUGCAGAAACAUAACAAAGAUGUCAGUCCUAAGUCAUGUUUCAUCAUGUGAAUUGCCUCAUUUCUGGAAAUAGCUACUAAUUAUGCAUAAAUAUAUGCCAUUGUAAAUGUUUUUAUCGUAUAGAUGUUUGUCGGCUGUUUAACAUUUUGCUAAAAAUACCUGUAAUGUAGCCUGGUAAAUAUGUCAACCACUUCCUGUAUUUUACUGAGAAUUUGUUAUUCAUCUCUUAUUUUUAAUUGGCUCAGGUUGAUGUGAAAAUAUAGUUUGGAAACAAAUGUUUUGUUUAUUCUUUGAGUAGGUUUCUUGUUGGAAUAUUUCCUUUUUUGGGGGGUAUUGUGUUUGGUCUGUAUUAGUAAGGUUGUCAAGUCACUCUCAUCUGAAGAAGUCUUUGUCUUUUUUAUACAUGUAAAUUAUUGUUGUGUUUAUUUAAUCAGGGUUCUCCAGGAAGUUUAAAGUAGAAGGUGAAAAAACAUGUGAUAGCCUGCAAGCAAGCUCUCUGGGACACUACGUCCCUUUUCCCUCUCCACCACAGCACCCCGGAGAGCUUGCUAGCAGGCUAACAUAGAUUGGUGGCAAAAUCAGAACAUACAUGUAUUUCAUGCUAUGUAGCCACAUGUGGAAGUAGUGACAGAUUCCAGAGCCUCCUCUGGAAAACUUUUAAUUUGGGGGAUCCUGACAGGUGUGUUCCAGCACUUGGCCAACCAGGGUAAGAGUUUUAGCCAUGAAAAUGGAGCUUCUCUGUGGGAACCUGCAGACUUUUUUUUGACCUGCAUUUCCCAUCGAAUCAUCAGUUCUCAAUGAAAUUGUCAUGCAUUCAGAAUUGUUGAGCGCAAAAUGCUACUAGCGAACUCGAUGCUGGCAAACGAGAAAAUAAAAAAGUAAAAGGUUGAAACUCUGAAUGUGUAGUACACUUUUUGGCAGAUUUCUUUGCCUUCAUGGCACAACUAACAAUGUAAAACUUGAUCGGAAUGGCAAUGCGAUGGCCAUUUUUUGAGAUCAUUGUUUCCUCCAUAGCAAUGGUAGUGACUUCAAUUCCAUUGGAAAUUACCCAUAGAGAGUCUCACAGGCUUCGCACAGGUCAUGAAAAACCUAGGAAGUCAUGGAAUUUAAGAGUUUCAUUUUCAAAGCCUGGAAAGUCAUGGAAUGUAAUUGCCGUUCCUUCAAGGUCACAGAAAAUACAAUUUUUGUUUGGUAGACUGUAGUUACUGCAGAUGACAAAGCAGGGACAAUGUAAGAUAGAGAUCAAGGAUUAAUUAAACAGGGUGAAAUGCCCCCAUAUUGCCUUUGGUACAACAUAACAUUCUGUGUAAAGUAUCAGACAAGUUAAGGAACUAUACUAACUUUUGCAAUGGUAGGCUUUGGGGGGUGGAAUGUCUGUUACAUGUACAUGGUGUACACUCUGGACAUUGUGCUGUUCUUUAGUGUACAUAUAGUAGAACCCCGAUAACUCAAUCUCAGGUAACUUGAAUUUCGUGCUAACUAAAACUAAUAUUCUUUUCCCUUGAUAAAAAAUUCACUGAAAUUUGCCCUGAUACCUUGAAUUCUACAUGUAGUUCUUGCGACUCUACUUGAUUGCAUCCUAUUAGCUCUUGUACAAGGGUAAAAACACUACAACUUGCACUGGUCAGCACUAAAGCAGUUUGAUUUUAAUUGGUGCAAUGAACAGAUCACAUUUUAUCAUAAAAAAAUGCCUGAUCGUGUUACUGUUUCCAAUGAAAUACCGUAAAAUUCUGAAAAUAUUCCCAGGGCUUAUAUUUGUCAAAGGCCCUUUUUGAGGGGCUUAUAUUCGGAGGGGCUUAUCUACGCAGGGAAGUUUGUAUUUCAAAAUCGAUUGGGCUAGCCUUAUAUUGGAAGUAAAUUUACCGUUUUUGCUUUGUUUUACUUUGUAUUGAGGGCCAUUUUCCAAGUGCAAGCCCUCAUUGGGGCUUAUAUUUGGAGGGGCGAUUUAACAGAGGGUUUUUUGCUUUACCAGUUUGGGGGGCUUAUAUUUGGAGGGGCUUAUACAAUGUACAUGGAUGGGCUUAUUUUCGGAAUUUUAAAGUAUGUUAAAUUUGCACUGCACCAUACACUGAAGUGCUGAAAAAUCAGUAACUAUCGAUAAUUUUUAACGUGCAAAAAUUGAAAUUGACCCCGAUAAUUUAAACCCUCGCUAACUCAAAUUUUUUUUCAUUUUCUUUCAAAGUUCAAGUUAGUGGGGUUGAACUCUACUUAUUUGUGUUAAAAAUUGAAAAGAGGUUGAUUGCUUAUUUAUGGGCGGGAUUUUGUGCUGUGGGGAAUUUAGUUAUAGCUCCAGGCUAGAAGCAAAAUUGCAAUUGAAGUUUGUUUUGUUAGUGGAUGAAAUUGUAAAUUUAAACUUUUCAAGUAGCAUUUAGCAAGCUUUUGUGUCUUUUAUUGCUUCUAUCUCAUCAUGUUGCCCAAUAAAUUUUGAUGUUUCUAUAAUUAUUUAACAUUUAACACAGCCAAUUUUCUUAAAGAAAACCCAAACUUCACAUUUGCAAAUGAUUUUUGUCUGGUCAUGAAGCAGGUGCAUUUUAUUGUGUCAAUAAAAAUAAAAUGAGUAGGGAACUGACUCUUUAAUUAAACACAGACUUCAAAAAGAAAUUGAAAAUGCUAUGGAUAACUUCAUUUGGUUUUCUUUAUUGGUGAAUUGUUAUUUUUGUAGGGUAAACUGUUUACAGUAAUGUUUAUUUUUUAAUAUUUGCUCUCAAUGUGCCUUGACUUCACAAUGCAAGACUGAUGAAAUAUGGUUCUUUCUUGGCCUUUAAUUGGCUUUGACAUUUGGUCAGCAAGUCUGUUUGCUGCUUUUUUUGUUUUAGAGUUCAUCAGUAAAUCAUCUAUCUUGUUCAUAUCGUGUUGUAUCUCUGUGAUCACGUCCUAUAACAUUAAAGUUUUCAUUUUCCCAGAGUAAUACUGUGGGAAAAUGGAAACCAACAUUCUACCUCUUCUUACUUUUCUGUUUGAGGACAAAAGAUCCUACAGUGUGAUCAUGCAAAUGUAACGUCUUUAGUGGUAAUUCUGCCUUGUUACUUGUACCAUUUGUUUCAGUACUGUUUUUUUACGAAAUGAAUUUGGUCAAUUUUCUGGCGUAAUGUUCAGUAACACUGAGCUUCUGGGAAAUAUCAGGCAUUAUUCACAUGACCUGUGCUAAGCCAUAAGAUGAUAUUGAGACCUAAGUGACGUCUUAAAAAAAUCGCAAUAAAACGUCAAAACCAAAGAGAAAACAUUUUGCUUGACUUGUGCUAUAAUGGAGCAUGUUGUGAAUAGUAUGCAUACCUGCUUUUAUUCAGUCAGUACCUCUGGAGAGUUAUCCUUAAUACCUAAUAUAACUUCUGAAGCCACUACAUUAUCUUCAACCCUUUAAGUCCCAAGGUGACCAACAUCACUCUUCUCCUAGUAAAAGCGAUAAAUAACCAAGAGAAAAGGUUUUAAGAAUAAAUAACAUGAUCACCUAAGGGGAAAUACAUUGAUCUUUUAUCAAAUUUACUCAACCAAUUCGUUAACAGGUAUAUGAGAUCAGUCCGCGGAAUUUGUACAUAACAGUUGGGGCUAAAGGAGAUUAUUUUAUUGUAGUGAUGAUAAUUGUUUAAGCAUGUUCAAUGUAUGAGGUCUUGUUAAACUAACACUGAAUGUGAAUGUCGUUGUGUAUGGUCAUAUCAAGUAUAAUUACCCUAAAGCUUAACAUGAAUUUUAAAAAAGGACACAUACUUAAACACCCUUGUGUGGCUAAAGUAAUACCCCCUCCAUUACUAUCCAUCUUCUCAGCUGUCAUUAACUGCCAGUUAUAACUAUAUUGUGCGUGUUUGGGGGGUUAAAACAUUAAUUAUAUUUCCCAGAUGUUUUUGUUGUACAUCCACUUCCUUCCUAUUUAUUUUUUUAUGUACAUGUAGCUUGGUUUGGUUUUGGCUUAUUAUUUUACUUAUCUUACUACAGUACUAGGGUAUGCAUUAAAUUGGAUUUUUCUUUGUUCAUUGAAUUUAUCACUGAUAUUUUAAAAAUCUUGUCACACCUUCCUAGGUGCAUGAAUUGGAUAUUGAUUUAGUACUGGUCAGGGUAAUAGAUCAAGCAGUCACAAAAAUAUGCACAAUUAGAUUAUCUUUGUUGAAUAUACAAAGUGGUUGGAGAGCAAACAUGCCUGAAUACAUGUUUUAUGAUAAAUUGUGUAAUAUUUAUAAUUUAGUGAUAACAUAAAUUAUUGAAUAACAAUCUCAUUCACUUACAGAAUGAAUAUGUUCACAAAUUUCAUGAUGACAAUAAUAUUGGCUACAUUGUAGUGGGCCAGACGUUGAAAAAAAAUUUGUCUGCAGCAUGUUCCAUUGUGAUUGCUGAGAUGAUUAUUAUAUUUCCACCGUGUAAAUGUUGUUACCUUUAUUUCACUUACAUUUUUCCAAAUUUCAAUCUUUCUCGACUAUUAUUUUGGGUAAUCUUUUUUGUAUGCAGUGUGUUUUCAUAUCGACUUGUCUCUACAUAUUAUACUUGUUGUUAACCUAGUUAUAUGUUAUAUUAUGUUUUGUUUCUUGGCCUCAAAAAUGCUUUUUCUACUUAAAUCUGAUCUGAUAAGCAUUAAAACCACAGUUUAAAAACUAUUUUUAGUAUUUAUCAAAGUAAGCUUAGUAUGGGUUGUGAUUUAAUAAUAAAAUGUAUGUAUUAUUAGAAGAAACUGUCUGUAUUCGUGAUAGAGUUUUGAGAGAACAUUAUUUGAGUUGAAGUGUAAAAACGUUCUUUGACUAUAAGGGGUACUCUGUUUGGUAGAUAUUAAUAAGCAAAUAUUUUAAAGUAUAAGAACUCUUAUCAAUAAUUUUGUAUGAAGGUGUGUCAAAUGAAAAAAAACAGUAAAAUAAAUAAAAUAAAAUAAACAAUAAUUUUCAUCUAGGACCCAAUCAAUCCAAAAUCAAACAGUGUUAGGGGUUGAGGUCUACCACCUGCAGAAUGUAUGGUACUUUGAAACACUGUCAGGCCUGGAUAGAUGAUUAUGAGACCCAUGAGGUGUCAUCACGUGACUGCAAGAGUUUGUCAAAACAUUUCAAGCUACACAAACUCUUUUUGCUCUUAAAACUGAAUUGUUUUGACUUUUGUUGGUUAAUGAGGCCCUCUUUGGUCGGGGAGGGGGGGGUGGGGUUAGGGUUAGGGUUAGGGUUAGAGGCAGGUACAUUUCUUCCUAGUCUGAAUUUCAGAUACGGUCAUUUCACAUUUUGAGGAGUAUGGCCAUGUCCCUGUUGGUAUUUAACUCACACUAACAGGGCCUCCAUAAUAUGAUGCAGCUGUAAAAGUUGUCAAUACAGUUUGACAGAUUCCGUGUGCUGAAACAGCAUUUUUUUUACUGACAGACUGAUUUAUGUGGCCUGAAGUGGCGGAAGUACAUAUACAAUGUUGCAUGCAGAGCCACCUUUGAAGAAGACCCUGUACUGAAGUCAUUUUCAUUGGCCCUUGGUCAUGACAUCUUGUGCGCAUGGCGAAGAAGUCCUUCGACAGGUUGUCAGGCAAGCAGUGAUCCUAACAGUAUCAGCAGUGCAAAAGAGUUGUGGGUGUUCUGGUUUGGUGAUGACCCUAAUCUUCAAGGGAUUGUUUCUGGAGAACUGAAAGGUGAAUUUUUUACUUAUACCAAAGGUGGCCCAGACUGUAUGGAAGUUCAUUGGACUUUGAUUUUUAUUAGGGAGGGAAUGAAAAUAAACAAAAGAUGUACUAACUUCCAUUUUUUGAAAACAAUAAAAUAAAAAUGACUUUCCUUGUGUUACGUGUUUUACUGUCUGUUUGCUUCUCAAGCCAUUUGGAAGCUGUUUUAAUGCGUUUAAUGAUUUUGAGUUGUACUAACAUUGAGAAACUCAAAAUCUAAACAGGGUGCAAAGAAAAUCACUUUUACAGCUUGCCCUUCAGGCAAGCUGAAGCUAGCAUUUAAUAGCCCAGACGUCAUUUCAACUAGCCCCAAAAGCUUUUUGUUCUUUUGUUAUUCAAAUUCCUCAUAAAACAUCACUUGCCCGUCGGGCAAGUUAAAAACAGAAUUCACUAACCUGAUAGCAAAAUCCACUAGCCCCGGGCUAUCGGACAGUACUUUCUUCCUGUUAAAACUUGAUAGAGCAGCUUCCAAAUGGCUCUAGAGGCAAACAGACAGUAAAACACACAACACAAACCGGUCUGUCAUUUCUUUUUCUGUUUUUUUUUUCUUUUUACAAAUAGUUCUAAGUUAGAACAUAUUUUGUUUAUUUCCCUACAUCCUCUCAUAAAAUUCAAAGUCCAACAAACUCCCGUAGGGUCUGUGCCGCCCAUGUAUGCAAAUCAACCACACAACAACAAGAGGUUCGUCGCAUGGAGAAGUGGUUGCGGAUUUCUUUUCCUUUCCCCUCUCUACGAGAGGCAAGACUAACAUUUUAAGUGUUUUUUUUUUUUUUUACAGAAUCAUGCCAUGGGUGCUGGGAAGAUGGCUUGCCACAUGAGCCAAGAUCUCUGCUAUUCAAAGCCUUACAUAACUUAUUAGAAAGGUAAAUGUUUCAUAAUCUGCCACGAAACAGUAGUAUACAAUUCAUUUUUGCUGCUAAAAUUUUAAGUAAAUUACCACAGAGUACAUUGAAAAACACAAGGCUGGUUACCAUUGUCAAUUGCGGAGAAAAAGUUCAGCAGCCUUGAGCCUUCGAGUUAUUUGUUUGAUGCUUCAAAAGUAACCUGUAUUCUGAAGAGAAAUUGUGUUAGUGAAAUAAGUACAGCUCAAUGUGUGAAAACUUUUUAGGUGUUUGCUGUCAAGAAAGUUCGUUCGCCUGGGCAAGUGGUUUACAAAGCCAUGUGAAAGCAGUUCAGUGGAAAAUUUCAGGUGAGGUGAUCCUUUUUUGAAAAAUUUCAGGCCUUUUCCACCUCGCUAUAACUUCUUUUGCUCUAGCUUAACUGUAUGAUUUGUUCUAUUCUGUGAAAGAAUAUUUCUAACCUCUCUAUUAAAUGUGAGGUAAUUUGGGGUUUAUAACACAAGAAGAGCAGUCCCAACUACAAUUUCUUUAGUACUAAUAAGGUUUAAAAAAUUACUUUUUAUUUUUGGUGAUCAUCUGUUUUAUCUUCAUUAUUAACUUUCUGUUUGGGCAUAAGUUGUCCGUAAAACAAGCCAGAUGAGGUGUAAGAAUGCCUGUAAAUGGCAUACUGUUGCAGUAAUAAAAUUCCUUUUCUAAGGCAGAUAGCAAUGUCAGUGACCCCUUCUCAUGCUGUGAUGUGAUACAUGUGUAGGUGUAGUGACUUAACAAUGUUUUUUUCCCUCUCCAGCAGUCAGUUAUCUUUUUCAUUUUCCUUCUUUGUCCAUGGCGAGAGUUCUGUUUGUACUGCUGUUGAAAUCCAGCAGCAGCAACAAGUACGUCAUCUUAGACUACAAGAUGUAGCUGUUGCUGCAACCAAGCAAGAAGGACUUCCAGGUAAUACAAUCUGGUAAAAUCUGAGCUGCUUUAGUCGCUGAUUUAUACUCUGCUCUGUGCUGCACUGCUUGGCUUACAAGUUACCUUGUUGAAGCAUGUAUACACGAGAUAAAUGCAAAUAAUAAUAUUAGGAUACCCAAGAGGGGUGGUUGUUUCACCCUCUGACCCCUGAAAAUGAAAAUUUGAAUUCCCAUUUGUUGCCCCCCUGGCCCAGUCAUUUCCUACAGAAGUAGUAGGGAGAAGUUGAUAACAUAACAAUAUAGCAAAUUCAUCUUGUGGGAUCAUGUCUGUGAUUGAAAGCAUUGAUGUUACAAGGAAAAAUUUGUUGCUGAUAACUCUUAGGGCAAUAAUAAAUAAAUAAAUAAAUUAAUUAAUUACAUUAAUUAAUUAAUAUUUUAUUAAUAAAUAAAUUAAUUAAUUCAUUAAUGGAGGCCUUUAAAAGAGAAUUAUUGUUGUCUUGAGGCUCGUUAGAAGGACUUUCCUUUUGUACCAUUUAUUUAAUUUCAGCCUUUUAGCUAAAUGAAAUUUGGGAUUUGCUUAAAUUUUGACUUUGGCAAUGACUUUCAGUAUUGUUAGGUCCUUAUGGACUGUCUGGAUUUCUCACUGGUCAAACAAGCCACUUGGAUGAUGCAGUUUCAGUAAAACUUAUUGAGGAAUGGAAGAAAUUUUAUCCCAUUGACUUCAGUAAUGAUUGGAGUGAGAUGACAAACCAGUGUUUUGAUAAGGGGGUCCCUGCAGCAGUUAUGGUUGUUGUAGGAGAGACACAGAUGUGGUAUCCAUCCACUUAUGUUGUGGUACCAUGCACAGAGAAUGAAAGAACAGGAGGUGAGUUUAGUUUGACUUACCAUUGUUAAUCCCUUUAUCUCUUUCAUUUCUUAUAGUUUAUAGUGGCCCCAAGGAAAAAACCACCAAAAAGAUAAAAUUUAAUAUUCAUUUUGAAAAAUCCUAAGAAAAAAAUGUGCUGCCAUGUCAAAAAGGUUUCAUUUAAAUGGCAAAUUAAUAUCAUAGGAUUCCAUCCACAGAUGUAAAGGUUAGAGUAACUAAUAAUCUCCUCAUAAUGUGGUCUAGGAGUGAAAGGGUUAAUGACAAGUAAUCUCUAAUCUGAUUGCUAGCAUUAUUUGCCAUAACUUGUUAUUAAGGGUGUUAGCCUGUGAGCAAGCUCUCCUAUCUGGGCCAGCGAAGUGAGCCUCACGAGAACGCACAAGCGAGGGGCUGAGGAACUCCUUUCCUCGGCCCCUCGCGGCUUCGCCGCUCGCUCUCGCGAGACUCGCCUCACUCACCCAAAUAGGAGAGCUUGCUCGCACGCUAUAAGGGUGUCUGAGUUAUUGGGGGUGGCAAUAGGAGCCCGCAAUCCUAAUCUCAAGGUUGUUAUUACGCAUGUGCCGCAUGUAUGAUGUAGCGGGCAUUUGUUUGGAUCUCCUUUAAGAAUGAAUGGAAUGCACAGAAUGCAAUAUGAUCACUCGUAAUCUGAUCAAGCGUGUUUUGACUAUCUGUCACAUGAAACUUACAUGUACGUAAACACAUCAAUGGAGCUAAAUCGUUUUGACCUUCAAUUGUUGUCGCCCGCACUCCGUAACCUUUGGUUAUUAAUACUGGUAAGUAAUACUAACAAAAAUAAACUAGGUUGCCAUGGCACAGCUCCUUUAACCCCUUAAGUCCCAAGAGUGACCAAUAUCAAUUUUCUCUUAACAAUAUCUUUACAUAAUCAAGAGUAGGUUAUGAGAAUUAAUAAAAUGAUCACCAUAAAGGAAAAUGCUUUGAUCUUUAAACAAAUUCUUUCAACAUAAUUCUUCAAGGAAUGUAUAGAUAUCUGUGUAGAGAAUUUUUUUGUGGAUAUUGGGGCUUGAAGGGUUCAAUAACUGAUUUUCUUCUGGAUUUUGUGGAUUUUGUGUUGUAUCAAAACUCAACAAAACUUGAUUCAUUAAUCUUCCACACAAUUCAUUAAUCUGCCACGCAAGUAAUAGUUCAUGAAUUUUGUAUUGUAUAACAUGUAACCUUCACAGUUACUUUUUUAGUACUUUUAACUACUUUCCUCUUCCUAAUUCUAGUGUUCUAACUUUUUAACCUGUGACCUUUAACCAUCUGCAGAAGGGCCUAUAUUGCCCAGAACAGAUUCAGCGACCACCUCUGGUCCAACAUCACUAACCCCACCAGCAUCACCUAUUGAUUCCAACACUACAGAUGUUGUUACAGGUUCAGCAAAUUUGCCACCAGCACCCAAGGUUACAUUGCCUACUGUCACUGACAAGAAGAAGUUGACACACUCAUUGGUGCAAGAAGUUUGGCAGGAGAUCACUAUUACCAAACCUGCAGUGAGGUAAGUAACAUGUUAUAUGUGAAGAAGAUCAUCACAGUUAUAAACACAACUGUUGCAGCUGCUAAAAGAAGCCUGAAAAGAUUCAAGUUUGUUUUGGAUUCGCACCCUGACUUUUGCGUUACCAUUGCAGUGCUCCAGAUGCAAAGGUCGAAGGUUUGAAUCCCAUUACUAGUCGAGCCAGAAUUUUUUUCAGUUUGGAUUAUUUUGGAGUCUUCUUGGAUGAAAUCUGUAAAUGAGAACAUACCAGUCAUUUCUCUUCUGUAGAAGUGUGUAUUACACCUUUACUUAGACUAUUGCAUAAUUAUUCCUUUUUUUGGAGGGGGUGGCGGCGGGGAGUGGAGGGGGAUUGGUUUAUUGUAGAGUUGUUUUAAAUUGUGCUGUGCAGGUGUGAGGGAAUUUUAAUUUAAUGUUUGUUAUUAUUGUUUAACUGUAGUUUGUUAUUGAGGUCCUAAACUGAGAGCCUUUUUCAUUUGUCUUUAUGAAAACUAGCUUUGAUUUUUUUUUUUUUGCAGUAAAAGCACCUCGCAGAACUCAAUAUCGAGGUUAACUACAUCAUUUAUAAAGACUGAGAGUUUAAAUGAUGCGACAUCAGUAGGCCAGUGGGAUUUUGAGGAGCCAUUUAAGCGCACCUCGUGUUCCUGUACAUCAAGUAGUAAUAUCAGCAGGUAAGGCUGACUUAAAAUUGGUUCCAGAGUAUUUUCAGCAAAGUAGCAGGGCUCAAAAAAGUUCCAUCUGGAAGUAUGGGAUAGGUAACUUUUAAAGCUUUACUUGCCCAAUAGACAAAGGUUCAGGGAAGUCAUCCUCUAGCAAAAUCAUUAGCUAAGGCAAGCAAAAUGUAAGAGCUGGGUGCCCAAGGACAAGCUGGAAUUCAAGUCUUUUUUAGCCCUAAGUUGUGUCAGAAAGAAAGAACUGAUAAACAUUUAGUUCUACAUUAAUCAUAAACAUUAGGAGUCAGUUAAAGGAUACGUUAAGUUGAUGGUGUAAUAGAAAAUGAUUUCCUUUCUUUUCUUGAUUCCUGAUAGGCCCAAGGCUCCAACGCAAGUGCGUCCAUCAUUUGGUAUAACAAGGCCAAUACCGUCGCCGAGUUAUCCGAUACCUUCACCUCAACAACAACACCAGAUAUCACAGCAAACUCAGAGCACUGCAAAGUUAAAGAAAGAGAAGAAAAAGCCUCUGGUGCCAUUUCACCAUCGACCAAGCAUCAGUAAGGACAGACCAGAAGCUGUGAAAAGUCACGUGGGAGCUAUGACAAAGGGUUUGCCUACUGCAAAUUCCCUGACAAGUGUCACUCAAAUGCGGCAUUCUGAUGUUGCUCUUGCUCAUCAUAAUGCAAAGAAGUAUUCUUUGCAGGGACAGGCCACGCCGGCACAAAAUACAACUUGCGCACUUGCACACAAGAGCAGUACAUUGGAUACAAAAACCAAUGCUAAACCAUCACAGCAUUCUUCCUCACUGUUGAGAGUGAACUCUUCAAGGUUACCAUCAUCAACUUGUGAGAAAGUUUCGGAAAUGCUGGUCAAAUCUGAAGAAUCAUGUUCAGUUAAUUUUGUGAGCAAUAUAGACUCUGAUAAAAAGGAUGAUGAUGAUCAAAGUUGUUAUGUCCUGCCUGUGGAGAGUGUUUUUAGUGUCCCUGUGCUACCCUCUGACCCUCUUGACUGCAGACCACUUGGUGGGCUUGGUGAUCAAGUGAUCACAGAUGAGGUUUUCUCACCUUCUCCUCUGGAUGCACCAAUGUCUCUGUGGGAAAGGUAAGUUGAUCUUGUAACUCUCCAUUUGGAUCUUCAAUUAAUGUACUGUUUGUGUUCCCCUUACCUCCCCUUAAGCUGAAAUGGACUCCUCCCUUAAAUAUUUGUUAGGAUCCUUUUAGAGAGAAAACUUGGGAGGUUGAGUUUCUAAUGGUUCCUUCAGAAUCAGAAUGUGUCCACGUUUUGGCAGCUACUUUAAGUAGGGAAAUAAUCCAAGACCUGUGGGCAAAACUUGCCUUCUUUAAGAGGAUGUGGUUUAGAAUACAAGUCCCUAACUUGGCCAAUAGUGAAUGAAUUCUGGACUUGAGGACAAUGAGAACACCUUUCUUGUCUUAUCCAAGAGUCAACUGACAUUUUGCUGAGUUAACUACACUGUAAAAAGUAGCAAAGAGUUACACUUAAAUGCACUGCAUACAAAAAUACUGAAGUCUUGGGGUAUUUGGGAAGGUCAGUUAAGGCCGAUUGAGACGGUACGAUUUUUGCUUACGACUAUCGUGCGUGACUAGCAUACGUCAUUACUUUCGACUAUCCACAUGUGCACAAUUUACAUUACGACACGAUCUGUCAUCAAGUGGUGACGCAUGCUAGUCGCUCACGAUAGUCGUAAGCAAAUAUCGUGCCGUCUAAAUCGGCCUUUAGAGAUACUCCAUUUUUGACACAUACUCCAUUUCUGUCAUUUUACUCAGCCAAUAGAAAAUAACCAUUCUUAUUUUCAAAAUUGUGAUAGUGGUAAAAGACCCUCUACAGAUGCUGGUUUGGAGGCUGUGUUUUCACCUGCGAAGAGAAGACGGGAAUCAUCAUCUGGAAGAUCUCGUUCAGAUAGUACUGGUACAGGACGGCCCAAGGGACGUAGGAAUAGUUCUCAACCAUCACCUGCAACCACGCCUCUUUCUGAUCCUUUUACUCCACAGCCUGAGGAUCCUGAUAUUGAAAUGAUACAGCCAACCAUGAAAUCACCGACACAGGGAAGGCCUCCUUCAAAUAAGCCCCGCCGGAGAAGCAGCAAUGCAGCUGCUGAUAGUCCGUCUGUUCCUCCACCAGCAGAAGUCAGUAAACCUCCCUCGCGCUUGAAAAAUCGACGACCAAGCUCCCGGAAAAAGCAACAGGAGGAAAAGGAAAAGCUGGCUAAAGGGGUGGAGGAAGUAAAGCCACACCCGCAAAAGACUGAGAAAGGAUUUUAUCCCAGUUUCUCAUCUUCUGAUGAUGAACAUGAACCAGCGCCACGGUCAUCAAAUUUAAUGACAGAACAAGAUCUUGCAGUGACGCUAAAUGACCUUGAUAAAUUGUUUGACAGUGAUGAAGAAGAGGAUGAGUUGGGGCAAUCCAAAUCUAUGAAGAUGGAAUUUGCUUGUCAUCAGAUUAAUACCUUUGAUUCAAUCACAAACAUCAACACUCACCACACUAUUAUGAAUUCUGGUGUGGUAGCCCAACAGGAUUUGGCACGAAUGUUUCCUACUCCUCCCUCUCUAGAGACAGUGUCGCAUUCUCCCCCUUGCCCUGUUGGUAAUGAUUACAUUAGUCCAGGGAGUGUCAAGACCGCAGUGCACAGUGCAAUGCUGUCUCCGGAGUCACAGCAUUUGAUGAGCUUUACGGGAUUGGAUGUGGAACAAGACAAGCAGCAUAGUCCAGUGGUUUGUAUAGCUGAUUGUUCAGUUAGUUCCUGUAGAUAACAAGACACAUUCCUGCAAACAGAACUUAAUCCACCACAUGAUGGUGGGAGGUCGGUGGGGCUGGGGGUAUUACUUUUUCUCUGAUUGCUCAGGAUGGUUAAUCGGAAUACCCAAAAGUGCCAUGCAAUUUUGUGCUCUAAUGGUUGCACCGUUGUGCUAUAAGAAAUUCUAUCUCGUGUCUUUCUUCAUGUCAAUGUGUGCUAUAAACUCCACCCUUUUAUAAUUUUUCUGCCCAUUUACACUGUCUGUGCACGGUCUGACCUUUAAACAUCGUCAUUGUUUUAAUUUUCUGAUCUGACACCUUCUCCUUCGUUUUUUAUUCAAGCAAGUCCAUUAAGUAUCUUAUUUUUCUUUCAUAUUCUAGGAACUCGGUCCUGUCUUUGAUAUCCCAAAAUAUCAAGACUUCCCUGUUUCCUUCUCCUUUGAAGCUGUGACAGUUUUGCCCAGUCACAAGGCUCUUCCUUCAGCAAUAAUGCAGAAUACACCUAGUUGGCAGGUAGGGUUGUUUUUGGAGCUCACAAUCGUUUAAUACUUGGGUUUUUGAUUGUCUUAAUAAUAGUUUUCACCCAAAUCAUCAUCAUUAUUAUUAUUAUUGUUGGUAUUAUUGUGUGCAUAAAACAACAACAAAAAAACCCCGUCUAAACUGGAAAGAAAACCAUUUGCUUUCAGAGCUUACAAUUUUUGUAAUUUUUUCUGUUGUCAGCAUUCCUGAAUUUAUUAUGUUUUGUUAUUCUAAAUGCUGUUGACGUGAACUUUUUAUCUGUAACCAUAUACCAUAAACUUCCUAAAAUAAGCCCCGGGGCUUAUAUUCGGAGGGGCUUAUCUAUGGAGGGAAAUUUGUGUUUCAAAAUCGAUUGGGCUAGCCUUAUAGUUGGAAGUAAAUUUACCAUUUUUGCUUUGUUUUACUUUGUAUUUGAGGGCAAUUUUCCAAGUACAAGCCCCCAGGGGGCUUACAUUCGGAGGGGUGAUUUAACGGAGGGUUUUUUGCGUUACCUGUUUGGGGGGCUUAUAUUUGGAGGGGCUUAUACUUGGAGGUGCUUAUUUUCGGAAUUUUACGGUACUUAUUUAAUAAGAGUUGUAGCUUUCAAGGCUUUGCUAUAAUAGUACAGACCUGGCUUUAUUUAAAACAGUAGGUUGAACUACUGGAAAUACCACAGAGACUGAUGUGGGAGGUUGCAAUGAGGCUUUCUGUUCAAUUAUUUCUUUUGAGAUGUUAUUUUCAUUUCAGAGUCUUAACCUUUUGUUUUGUCUCAUUUAAAGCAGACCGCACAGAAAUCUUGGACCUUGUCAGUUACUAAAGUAGAGAGGUCAGUAGGUCUUGCAGAUGUUUCAAGUUUUGUUCUCCUCCAAGUUAUUCAGUCAAUAUUACCAAUAUUAACACUAACAGUGACAGCUAUCUAAUGUGUUCGCUUUUCUUUUUUUCAGUAGUGCUGAUGCUCUUAAUGGUGAUGUUGCUGUUGCCACUCCUUCUCCGGCAGUGGGGUACACAUAUAACCAUCCUCCAAGUGUAAGCAGUGACGUCAAGCACUUAACUUCUGCAGCAAUGUCACCUGCUUCUCCAGCUUCUUCAGUGUCGUCGUUCUCCAUGCCCUCACAAUUUCCAAAAGCUUUUCAAGGAAGCACCUUUGUUGUGAAACCCUUAUUUCAAACUCCUCUUCCAGAAGUAAAUUCUUUAUCAAGGGUUCUGACUUUAUCUGACUCUUGGUUGAACUACUUUAGUGACAAGAGUUAUGACAAUGUGAGCCUGUGUUCGUGUUGCAAGUCCUCAGAAGGUUCAAGAACUAAGGGAAUAAUAACAAAAAGCAAAGACUUUGAGAGGUGUGUUUGUGGAUUUGGUCCACUGGAGAGAAUGAAAUUCACUGCUGGAACAGGGUUGUUCCCAGAUGACAUUUAUGAAGCACCUUCAGUAAAUUUAAUACCAGCCAAAAAGGAUGUAAUUGUAAAGCUCGAAGUUAAAGCACAAGAGUGUAAAAAACCUCUUACUGUAAGAAGACAAGGAUCAACAACAACUAUUUUACCAUCGCAAAUUCCUUUUAGCUUACUGGAAGAGAUUGUGAGUCAGUGUUCAUCACCAUUUUCUUGUUCAAACCUGAAAUUUCAACUAAUGUAUAAAAGCCAGGGUAUUGUGAAGCAUGUUUCUGGUAUGGCAGCACAAAAUAAAGGUAAGUUUCCCCUAUGUGUUGAAUUUGAUAGUGAUAAUUAAUAGAGGAUAUUACCUAGCCAAGCGGAGAUACAAAAUUUCCUUUUGAGUGUUGAUUAUUAUUCCACAAGUGAGCGUAGCAAACUCAGGGUGUUCACUAGGCGCCGGAGACAGGAGAAUUCUCCGCGUACUAUGCAGAAUUCUCCAGCUAACGUUCGGUAGCCUAUGACAAAUUUUUUUCAGACAGGGGGACUCCUUGAAAAUAUUCUCCUGUAAUGUUGCACCUUUCUCCUGCUACUAGAAGUCUUAAUGAAAAUACUGAAACUAGUGAAAUUUUUUUUUUCAACACCAGAAGGGAAAUUAUGUAUCUCCAAGCAAACAUGUAAUGUCCUGUUUAUUAUACAAACAUCAAUGACAUAAUACCAAACCAUUUCACUUUAAAAGUUUUUUGGUGCGAUUUAUUAUGUAGUCUUAGCAACGGUGAUCACAUGAGGAUAACAUAUUAUUUGUUAAACUCUCCUAUAGAGUAAUAUUUCAAACUUGAAAGGAAGUGUUCCUUCCAUUGUCCAGACAUUGAGAAGUUAAAAAAAACUACAGCAGAAUUUUGACUUGUAUAAAGCUUCCAACUUAGAGUUAUCCACUUAUUUGGAGAGCCAGAAUUAGCUAAGCACAAUGAAAUAAUUAGUGGUGACCUCAUUACAGCCAACAGGCAAUAUGGGAGAGCUCCUUAAGGCACUGACUCAUACCAAAUGAGUUCUAGUUCAAAAGCAUUCCCCGCUUCUGACUGGUCGCUAAUGAUAAGAAGGGAACUCAAAUACCUCCUUGAGUCUGGAACUGGUCUGUUGAGUGAUUAGGGGCUUUCCCAUUCUUUUGGUAAACUGUACAACAUCUUUGCUGUUAAAUUUGCCAUCCCGGUGAAACAUUUUUAUUAGAUGCACCUGGGUUCCUGAGGAUGACCUCCUUCAUGAUUUUUCAAAAUGCUGAAAUGUGUAUUAUUUUUCUUCAAAGAGCAGUGGCAAAGCUUUCUUGUAAAAGUAAUAGUAUGUUUUAUAUUAAUUUAACCUUAGAUCAAUAUGCAUAUGCAUUAAUUUUUUUCUUAGUGUUCUCCACUCAUUUUGUAAAGUUCUAAUGAGAAAAAGUUAUGUACCAAUCAAGCAUUAUCUUUAUCUUUGGUGACCUGUUCCUUUAAUUAUUUUGUCAUGAUGAGGAAAUAUUUCAUUCUUGACAUGAUUUUUAUGCCAUCUUUGUUAUAGCACUUGUUCAUUACUGACAAGAUUUUUUUUCGAAGGCUCAGCAGAGAGUGGCUAUCUGAAGAACAUUCCCCCACCUGCAGCAGUCAGUGCUCUAAACUGUCUUCGUCAGCUCAUGCAAGAUGCCCUUCAAAAAUCAACAAGCAGAAAAACAUGGGAGCAGCCUCAUGGAACAGUUGUACAAGGACCCUUGUCUUGGAAACAACUUCAUCAUCUGGCAACUAAAGGUCAGUUUUAACACUGAAAAUUAGGGCAGUAUACAGUCAAUUGCCUUUAUUGCAGACACUGUAGGGACUUACAGGUAGUGUCCUCGUUAGUGAGAGUCCAUAAUAGUAGUAGUUUAUUUCAGUCAAAUGUCUGUAAUUUGUUUAUGCUGGGGAUUUAGCUUCUGUUCAUUUCAUCGAGGUGUCCAUUAUAGUGGGGUGUCAGCAAGGCAAGAGUUGACUGUAUAAAGUUCUCACACACAACUAGCAGCCAAGUCAAGCCAAACCACGCAGCCUAACCUUUAUUACAACAAAACGUCACAAUAGACAAGUACAACAGUGAAAACGUUCCCUAGAUUGCAUGCCAUGACAAAACAAACGGUAAAAACUGAACAACUAACUACUGCAAUGAAAACUCCUGGGGAACAAGGGCUCACAAUGAGGGAGACACUUUAAUGUCCUCAAGAGGGAAUCACUAAAACUAUACCCAGCUUGAGGGAUGGGUGGGGAUUAGGCCAGGCAAUGGCAAACAGCAACAAGGAAACUGUUAUCUUACAGCCAACAUCGCGGCUAGGCCCCCCGCACACUAUUAUCCAGAUACCCAGUUGUGUGUGAGAAACUCUUUCGUUCCUGCAUGGCCCUCCUUCCCUUACUUCGCUGUCCACUACUUUUCUUUCACCUACUGUACUUGGCUCAACUCUAGUAUAUUGGAUUCUACACUUACCUACCCUUCCCAUUUUCACAUUACUUUGAUUCUAUAAUAAUUAUACCUUGUUCUUUACCCCUCAGGUAAUGAGGAAAUGCCACGUUCACAGCCUAUUCCUUCUGUGACAGUGGGAUACAGUGGGGAUUGGAUGUCACUGUCUCCAAUUGCUCUGCAAUUUUGGGUAACUAAGAAUUAAAUUUACAGGAAGUAGCAAUUAAAUGUGGUAAAUUUGAUCAGGCAACUUUGCUAUCAGCCUGAAAAACAGCUGACAUUUUGUGAUGCCAACAGCUAGACUACCUGCAAAAUGAUGUCUGAGAAACAAGCACAGAAAUUCUGAACUUAUGAUGCAUCUCUACCUAGAUCUGGGUAGUGCUUCUGAUUAGUCAUGCUGCAUGGGAAUUUGCGUCAGCUAAUUAAUCAGAAGCACUAGACAGAUCUGGGUAGUGAUAGUCAUCAGUAUGGAAUUUUUGCAGUCUGGGGGAAACCAGUGGUGGCCACACGAAAAGUUGGCUUUUUUCGUAGGCGGCCUAUCUACUAUACAUUCUUAAAAAAAUGUUAUAGGACUCUGUUGUGUUGAAAACAUUGUGCAUUUCCUAUUAUUGUUAAUGAUACACUGAUUGUUGUUUCUUUUUAUCACAGGAGAAGCUGUUGCUUGAACCUUACUCGUGUCAGCGUGAUGUGGCAUACAUUGUUGUCGCUCCAGAAAAUGAUUUGGUGUUGAAUAAUGUAAAGAUGUUCUUCAAAGAGUUCAGUGCAGUUUAUGAGGUAUGGAUGAGUGAAAAUAAUUUUAAUUUUUUGUAUACUGUUUGGUCAGCACAAGUGUUUUUCAAACAUUGUGCUGGCAAACAAGAUUAAAAUUCUGUUCAUUUCCAGUUUAUCUGCCAGCAUUGGUGUUGGCUAAAGAAACCUCUCCUUGUAGUCAAGUGUUUUGUAGUGCAGUCAAUCGCUGCUUUAUGGACACCCGCUUAAUACGGACACCUCAUUAUUACAGACAGUUUGCCUUGUCCCUGGGGAAAGAAAGCCUUCACAUUUUGUCCAUUUAUUCAACCUGCUUAACCCUUUAAGCCUCAAUAUCCAGAAACGAAUUCUCCCAACUGAUCUCUAUACAUUUCCUUAAAGAAUGUGUUCAGAAAAUUUGAUGAAAGAUCAAAUCAUUUUAUGAAAGAUCAAAUCAUUUUCUUUUUGGUGAUCAUUUUAUUAAUUCUCAUAACCUAAUCUCUUGACAAUGUAUUGGUAUCAUUAGGAGAAAAUUGAUGUCGGUCACCAUUGGGACUUAAAGGGUUAAAAUGGAGACCCCGUUAACACAAACACUUUCUGUGGCCCCCUCAGUGUCCGUAUUAAUGAGGUUUGACUGUAACAAAACUGUCCUUUCUGUCUUGUCUUGUUUGUUUUGUAGACUUGUCGACUUGGACAGCAUGUUGCCAUCACUAAGGUGCUCAGAGAUGGGAUUCUGCGAAUUGGGCAAAAGUCAUUGAAACUUGUAAAAGAACAUGUCGAUGAGUGGUUCACCAAUCAAAGUAAUUUUUAAUUUUGUUGUUGUUGUUGUGUGUAUUAAAAAUCCAGAAAAGUUAUGCAACAGUAAUACAGUAAACACUUUCAAAGAUGGGCAGUGCUGGAAAUGAUUGUAGAAUGGUACAGACCAACUCUCUGUGUACAUUUGGGCAAGGUGUCCAUCUCACAGAAGGACAAGAGAGUCAACUGAAGUCUAACUAAAUGUACAUGUAAGUAAACUAACUUUGUGUUUUCAUGUAUUUUAGGUGGUUCACCUGAUGGAGCAAAGCUUAAACUCUAUGCUCAAGCUUUUAAACAUCAUUUGGGUGAGUUAAAGGAUAAGGAUUGCAUGAUAGUGGGUCUCCAGAAAGUUGUAUUCCAACUUCCUGGCCCCAGUUGUUCAAAGGUAAAGAGCACUAUCCACUGGAUAAAUCAAUAUCCAGGUGAUAGCAUAAUUAUUGGUUUUUCAUAAUACUUCUUCAUUGGAUAACGAUUUAUCCAUUAGAAAGUCCUAUCCAACUUUUGAAAAACUGUGGCAUGAUGUAUGCAACAGUAGUUCUGGCCAUCGUUGAUGACAAAUUACAGAUCAAAACUAAUGUGUCAAAUGGCUGAUAAUAAAUCCUGACCGUUUUUGACUGAGUUGAUGCAAUGAAUCAACUAUUACUGGUAAAAGGAGGUAGUCACUUUGACCAUUUUGAUAUUGAGCAUGUUCGCAUAACUGAUGCUAUUUAUUUUGCAUAGGACCAUACCUUGCUUCCUUGAAUCUGGACAAACUAAUACUGGACUCAGAAAAGGAAAACAAACCAGAGGAUAAGAUAUCAUCCAAGUUUGGGAUCGACAGCGCCGAAAGACUAGGAGCAGAUGGUGGAAACAGAAAUGCAGGAAUCAGGUCUGUCUAUAAUUAUUAUUUCUUUUCUUCCGUUAUGUUCUGUCCCUGGCAUGAAAGUGGAAAAAUGAUGAGUUUGUUUGCUUUUAAUUAGUGCAGUGAACUAAAUUCUUACUUGAACCCCCCCUGCCUGGGUGUGGAUUCCAUUUAAGAGAACGAAUGGGGAGUAGCUAAUUUUCCGCUCUCCUGGUCAUUCUCAUUUUGCACUAAUCGAUUCAUUAGUCCAGAAAAAAUCUUGGUGCAAAUUCUUAAAUCAGGCAUUGGCAACAUGUGAAAACCCUGCACUUACAAUAAGUUAGUUAGGUACCGAGAAUUAAGUGAAAUUCAGUUGAAACCCUUCAGUCACUAGUCUGAUUUAAAUCUCUGUACUGAAAACAUAAGUUCACCAUAAAUCCCCUGUUUUUUGGGGUGAGUGUGGAGUUAGUGCCAGGGUAUGGAUGGAUAAAGGAAUGGAUGAAUCACUUAUGCAUGCAUUUCCGUGUUUUUUCUUUGUCGUUGUUGUUCCGCUCCUCACAAUUUAUUCUUGUCAUUUUAGUCUGGGAACUCCAACUUCCGAGCAAGCACCAUCGGCAUUUGGAGAUGAUGAUAAUGAGCACAACAGUAAUGAGCCACCAACUGUUGUUGUUUACAUUGUCAAUCCAUUCACCACUAACUCAAGAGAUGAGAAUGUCCCAUCCUCUGUAGGGCUUCUGCGGUGCAUUGCUGAGAUUGCACCUGACCUUGCAGAAAGCAAAAAGAAUGUCAUCUUUCAGGUAUAAAAUUUUGCUGUUCUGCCCAGAAUUAGCCUGAGAGAAAAGUCGACAUUUUGAGAUGCCACCGCUGGUUUUCCUGUGAAAUUAUGUCUUAGAAAAAGCACAGAAAUGCCACACUGCCAAUAGAACCAUUGGAAUGACAUCAGUUUCUAUUGGUACCAAUCGUACCAUUGGUACCAAUGGACCAUCGGUUUGACGAAUCGUAUCUGUUUGUGUAUAUUGGACAUGUGUGCACUGAUGACAUGUCUCUACCGAGAUCUGGCUAGUGCUUCUGAUUGGUUGAAGCAAAUUUUUAGCCAAUCAGAUGCUCUACCCAGAUCUGGGUAGUGUUGUGUCAUCAGUAUGGAAUUUCUGCACUUGUUUCUCAGACGUCAUUUUGCGGGGGCAACCAGUGGUGGUUUUGCAAAAUGUCAGCUGUUUCCUGAGGUUAGCCCAGAAUUUACUUUUUUACACUGUGUCUCCAGUAAGUCCACCUAAACUCUGGCCAAUUGUAGGAAUGUUUUGUUGAAAGGUGAUGAUUUGUGCUUUAUACCUGUUAUAGGUCACCAAGUUAAGUACAAAAAUGAUGGCGCCUGGGUGUUUUCAAUAAGGCCCUCAGUAAAUCCUGCUCUGAUUUUUCUUUCCCCCUUUGAUUUACAAAAUUUCUGAUUGGAAAAUGAAAGGAGAAUUUAGCUGUUUAUCAGAUGUCAUGGGGCUUAAUUUCACACAUGUAUACCCCCCUUCAAAUGUAGUGAUGAUUAAAAUUGGCAGGGGAUGAAGUAGAAAAAUGUAUGGGGUGGGCUUAGAUGUAACGGCCAUAAUUUCAAAAUAAUUGUUUUAACUUUGUAUUAUUUCUUUUUAGGUUGUUCCAAUUCAACAGAUUCUUCAAGUGGACACUCUGACUGGUAGUCGUGAUGCAGCUCUGACAUUCGUUACACAGCUGAAGCGUUUGGCUUUCUCAGUGUUCUCACGAUGUCGUAAGAGCUUACAGCUGAAUAUAAAUGCUAAAUCCUUAACAGGAUUUGGACCAGCUGCUAGACAUGAGGCUCUGUUUCGCCAGAGAGAGGUAAGAUUAACUUACCGGCAUCUUGCACAAGACUUAUUCUAGGUUUACAAGUACCCCAGAAAUAUAUCCACGACUCCAACAAAGUUCUUAUAGGGAGUCAUUUUGGCUCCAGCUUCGGACCCAAAAAUGUUCAGCAGAAUUAUAUUUUCUGCCAGCCAUAAUUUUUAAACUGUUUGAAUCCUAGUGAAAGGAUACAAAGGUGUGUUGAAUAUGUAAAAUUUUCUUUCCAGCUGCUUCCCCAGAGUAGGCAUAAGGUAUGUCAUGUACGUAGCAUGAAGUGACUCUACAUUUGGAAAAAUGACUCCAUCAUUUUAGGAGGGGGACACAUCCUGACUUCAAAGAGUAAAGAGAUUUGUAAACCCUGAAUUAUAGGUGAACUUGAGCAAAACAACCAAACAAUAGACUAACUACACAAAAACAGACAAGAUUUAACUAACAAUACCAUGACAGAAUUAUCAACGUUAUGCUCAGGGUCUCUCUCUGUUUCUCAUAUCUUUCUCUUGCUCUUGGUUGUGCUAUGGGGAAAAGAAGGGAUGCCUUGGGAAUGAUUUUGUGGCAGUUUUUCAGUGACAGAAGAUGGAUCAAAAUGCACCACUUAUGAGCUCAUUGACCAAUCAGGUUAACCACUCUAGUUUAACGCUAUCGCAUGACACCGAACAACUACCUCUGACUUUGAUGAUGACUUCUGUAACGGUUGUUGUAAAUGUCAUUCACCGCCCACAUUCCUACUCUGGACAACACUAAACUUUCUCAUGUUAGUUUAUUUAGUUUAUUUAUUUAUUGCUCUCUCUGUCAAAGGGUUAUUGCUGUACAAAGGAAAAACUCAUGUACCUCAUUUUUGUAGGUGGAAAAUGCGAAAGUGUACUCUGCACCUUAUGUCUUGUGUCAGCCAAUACCGUUGCCACCAGUAGACACAGGAGAUGAGACUGCUGCAAGCUUGCUGGCUUCUGCUCAGAAUGCAUCUGUAUUGUAUUGUGGUUAUUGUCUCUCCCAUGAUGAAAACUACCUUCUUGCUGUUUGCACGGACAGUGUAGGAGAGUUGAUCGAAUCUUGUGUCAUAUCAGUUGAACCACCUCUAAGGCCUGACAACAGGCCACGGAGGACUGCAGCACGAACAAAGGCACUCAUAAAACUUUGGGAAUUUUGUCAAGGUGUUAUUGCAACGUCUCUUAUUCCUUGGAGGUUGGUGAUAACCAAACUUGGGAGGAUAGGCCCAGAGGAACUAAAAGGUAAGCAAAUGAUAUCCUCUUUUUCAGCCUUGGAUUACUUGCUCACUUUUAAUAAGUAGGUAACCUGAAAGGUACAUGGAUUCAGUAGCAGCUGAAUGCUUUCCCACUAUAAACAACAUGUUUACAUAUAUUUACAUUAAUUUUUAUAUUAACAACUGCAUCGCUAAAAUGGAGGUUGCGUGCCUGAAGUAUCCAAGGGCUUCCACUAUUGGCAGCCAGCCCUUAGAUUGAAAUAAUGCCCCCAUGACUGGCACAACAGCGCAACCCAGCCAUGAGCCCCCACACCAAAGGAAAGGAACAGACACUGGUCACACUGAAAAAAAAAAACAUCAGUGGAGAAAAACCCAAUAAGCCUAGGGGAAGGGCGGGAGGGGAAGAAAAUGGCUGCUAGAACCCAGCACGAAGGUAAAACUGAACGCGCCAAGGAAUCACAUGAUCGAUGUAGCCAGCCACUGGGCAUGCGCAUGCCAAAGACCGCUGACCUAGGCACCCAGGCGCUCAUAGUUGUUAACUCCUUUAAAUUGCAUUUAAAUGCAUUUAUUACUUUCUGUUUGUAGACUGGAAAGAAAUACUGAGCAAGACGUCUGUGCUCAGUGGUGACCAGAUGUUUAAGGACACUUGCAAGACUUGUUUCUCCAUGAAACACAAAAAUCGGCCAGCAAUAUUAGGAACCAGUCUUACUUCGCUGGAACCAGAGCCGUCAAUCAGACUAUACAUGGCAAGAGGUAAUUGCAAGGAUCAUACUUUAAAGUGAAUUGAAUGUCGUCUGUUAUCUGGUUACGGCUGCAAGUUAUAUGAUAGUGUGUCUGGUAAAUUUUGUUCAACUGCAGUAAUUGCGCACUUAUUUUGACAUUUCUUUCAGUUCUGUGACCAGUUGAUUCAUAGUACAUAAUGUAGCAUAUAUAUGUUACAGGUCAAAUUUGAUCUAAGGUUAAUUUUGAUUUAACCUAUUUCGAUUCUCAAUUUACUUUGUCCUCUAGCCCUAGUAGACAAAGGAAAUCAAGAAUCAACCUAGGUUAAAAAUUUUUAACCUGAGAACAAAUUUGAUGUGUAACAUUUACAUGUAGCAAUAGGACAAUAGCAUGAUGAUGUCAUUUUAUUACAACUACCAACAUCCUUCAGUUUGUUGUUUUCUUCUGCAAAUUAGGGCUAUUGUUUUUUUAAACCUCUGUGAGAUUGAGAAAAUUAAACAAGAAAGCAAAAGGAAAUGAAUUCUGGUAGUUGUAGUCAAAAUGUUGUCAUCAUGAAAAUGGCCUUUUGUGUCAACAAAUUCUCCUUGUCUUUGUAUUUCCAUCAUUACUACGUGCCUUUCUUGUACUCUUGCUGUGCUAUGCUACCAGGUCUUUUCCUUAAAGGCCAAAGGCCUUGCUGGAGGCUCACUUUGGUUGAAACAUUGAACAUUUCUUUAAAUUUCGAAACCCUUUUUUUUUCAGCUUUACCAAAGGUCACUGCCUUGUUUGAAGGAAGCAGCAACUCUCAAGUAUCUGUUGGCACUGUACCAAAACCAGAUGUAUCACAAACAUACAUUGCAGUAAUGCCAGUUUCAUCAAUGAAGUGUUCCAUUGGCAAAAUUUCCAACACCAAGUCACAUGCCUCACCUGACACAACAACCGAGACUGUUGUAACUGACACGGACAUUCUUUUGGCUGGAGUGGAUGAUGAUGAGAAUUAUCAAGACACUCUGAGACAUUUGUUUCCUUUGUUGAAUGCAUCGCCCCCUCCACUGUCUCCAACAAGCUGCAUGAUGCCAUCUCCAUUGGAUUCCUCUCCUAUGCAGGGGACACCACCCUUGUCACGCCCACCAAAGCUGUCUGCUGCAUCACCUGCGAUGUCCGCACCCUCACCAUUUCAACCAAUUUCAAGACUUUCACCAUUUCAACCUUUACAUUCCACACCUUCACCAUCAAUGGCAAACACUACAACUGCAGAAUCCCAUGGACAGGAAGGUGAAGACAGCCUUGCUGUCCCACAAGCGCAGGGGUACAUGAUAUCAACUGUGCAGACAGGAAAGAUGCCAGUGACAUUUUGGGCAAACUCUUCUCACUCAGAAACAAAUGAUCCUGUUAUGCUAAAGGUAAUGACUCAAUACGGUUUACUCUGUCAAAAUAUGUCUUGGUCAAGAGUGGAGACUGAAAUUCUUGUAGCAAACUAGAACAACAAUGUUUCUUGUAACAGAUGUCAUACAUGUGGUCACAUUACUGUCCUUUUUCUGGUGAAGCUGUUAAUCAAAUCUUAAUUGACAUCAUUACCAUAGCUUUAACUAUAUUGGAUUUUAUUUCUUUCUCUGUUCAGGCUGCUCUUCACAUCCAUAAUCCAGACAUAAUGGAAGGAAUCAAUGGUUUUGUGACUUCGUGGCAUGCCCUAGCUACUAAGUCACCCUGUCAUGUGCUAAGGUUAGCCAAGUCUUCUUUUAACAUUUUGGGCAGUUAUUUUUAUGUUUCACCUAGUUUGGUGGCAAUUCCCUCUGUUUGAAUUUUGAUAAAUUUUCUGACACAGCUCCUUUAAUCAGGAAGAAACGUUUUACAAUUGACAAGCCCAUCCCAUUACAGAUACAGUCGAACCCCUAUAUAAGUGGCCAGUUAUCAAAAUCCCCAAAUUAUUUUCAGUUAAAUACUAUAGGUAAAACCCCUAUUAACCCUUUAAGCCUUAAGAGUGAUUAGCAUGAAAUUUCUUCUUAUAGUAUCAAUGCUUUAGAAAACAGAGUGGUCAUGAGAACUGAGUACAUGAUCAGGGAAGAUGAGUCUAAUUGAUAUUUCAACAAAUUCUCCCCACUACCUCUAUUGAAAAAGGAUAGGGACAGUAAAUGAGAAUCUCUAUUUUGAUAUUAGGGUUUAAAAUAUUAAGUGGCGACCCCUGUUAAGUGACCAUGGCCACCUUUUGGUCGUCCUGGUGAAGGUUUUUAAUUGUUUUUUACCCCUAUUAAGUAGCCACCCCAAAAUAAAUACGAGUGGUUUGGCUUUGUUUUUGAUAAGUUGAUGACAGAUAAGACUCUGAAAUAGAAAGGGACGACUGAUAAAUAGACGUUUAUUGUUCUCUUUACGUGAUUACAUGUGGCUAAGCAAUCAAACCGACCAUAAAAAUGCUCAAAAUAUAUGUGCAUACCUGGUUCAUGUUGAGACCUUUUCGCAGAAAUCUCUUAAAACUGGUAUUGUGCAAUUUUUGGACAUUUUACAUGUAUUAUUUGCAAGAGAUGUUAAAUUCUUUAACAUGCUUGCGUUUGAAUAAAUUGAUGUUUCAAGUAGGUUUCAGACCAAUUCCUGAUGAACCCUUAUUAAAAUGUGUGGAUAUUGUGAGAAGGAAACUGAUGUUUGGUCACUAUUGGGUUAAUAUGGGUUUGACUGUAUGAUAUUAUGUUGAAAUACUGCUAAACAAAUGGACUGAGAUGUGCAUAAUUAUUUUUAAAAUUAUUAUUAUUUUACUUAAAGGUCAAUACUACAGACAUAUGAUGCGCUGUCAUGGCUGACUGUGGAUCCUGUUUCCCGUGACAGACGUUCUUGUCUUCCUGUUCAUCUGUACAUGUUAUGCCAACUCCAUGACACACUUUCCGUUCUGUUGGAAAAUCAGUCUUCAUAGUUAAAAUUAGUACAAGAGCCAAGCUCGUGACACUUAAGAGGUGUUAGUCAAAUGUUUAUUUUUAGUAAAAUGGAGAUAUUAAGUGCAACAUUUCCUGAGCUCUUAAAGAGUGUCUUAUUAUUUUGUGGUGGGAAUAGGGAUAAAAGGUCCACUAUAAGUUUUUCAAGCCUAUAAAUAAUAAAUUAAUAUUAAUAAUUUAAUGAGACAGUACCUAAAGUGACUAUUCAAAAGAAGGAGUGAAUGUAUUCUUACAAAAUGCAUUUUUAUUUGUUGUAAGUUCUCGUCUAAGGAUUAGAAGUGUGUAUUAGGAAAUAGAAGGAUAAUAUCAUGGAAUUUCUUUGUACUUACAAGUAAAGUACUCUAAAUAUGUUGGUUUUCUCUCUAUCUGUUUAACAAUCUCCUUUAUUAUUAUUAUUUACUUUGUUUAUUGUUAUUUAAAAAGCUCAGAGCUUAUUAAGGAAGGCAUUUUUUGUAUCAGAGGCUUUUUACAGGUUUAUCUGCUCUAGUUCCUUUUAGUACUACUAAAUAAAAGUAAUGUAUUCUAUAUUUUAUUACAAUCCUGCUUUUGAGAACUUUGAAUCCGAUAGCUCAUGGGUAGAAUUUGUCAUAUUACAAAGCUGCUAGAUUAUAGUAUUUCAGUUGUUUUUCUAAUUGUUUAUUAUGAGCUUUUGACUUGCAAUAACCAAAGAACAGAAGUAGUUUUGCCCGUGUCUACCUGCCUUGUGCUUUUUUUUUCUCCUUAUAAAAUUUUACCUAAUAAUUUAAAUACCUUUAGUUAGUUUUGAAUGGUCACUAACUGUAAAUGCUUCAAUUGACUAAAAUUGCUCUAACUGGUCCCUUUGAUGAUAAUUUAGCAUCUUUGUCAUGUUAAUUACUUGACACAGAAAUAACCUCAAUCAUAGUAUCUUUGGUCUCUCAAGAAGACAAGUGCCUGCUUAAAUAAGUAAAACAGUUAGACAAGUGUAUGAAUUUUUUUAGGAUGAUAGGUUUGGGUUGCAGCUUGUCAAUGGAUGUUGCACUGUUUUAGCUAAGAGAACUGUUGGAAAGUAUUUUAGAUCACAAGAAUUUUAUACCAAUUCUGAGAAUCUAAUAAGCUA